AUGGAUUUGUCAUUUCAGGUGUCACUGGCAUUCAGGGAUGUGGCCAUAGACCUCUCUCAGGAUGAGUGGGAAUGUCUGGACCCUGCUCAGAGGGACUUGUACAGGGACGUGAUGUUGGAGAACUACAGCCACCUGGUCUCACUGGAUGUGAUUACCUUACUGGAGCAAGAGAAAGAGCCCUGGAUGGGACCAUUUUACCUGUAUUUCCAGGCCCUCUUUGACAUUUAA